UGCCGUGCGGUGGCACGCAAUUAAACCGCGCAGGUCCCGCGUAAACAAUAGAAGUCCGUUCGCGUGCCAGAGUUCAAAAUAAACCGAAUUGCACGCAAACCGCCGUUUUUUACAAAGAAAACACGAUAUUGAGAACACGUUUAUAAAAUACAUUAUUUCUAGGUUUCAUAUUUGAGGAAGUACGGCAUCAUACAGACACGCGUGAAAAGCCUUGAUGAAGGCGUUCAGCUGGAUUUAAACUCACUAAAACCACAACCAGCUGGUAAACUAAAGCAGUUUACUGUCCAGUGGAACAGACUUUAUUACAGAAAUGAGUAAACGAGAAGACGAUGGAUGUGCCAGAAAACGAAAGACAGAAGCUGGAUAUAAACCAGAGGACUGUGUGAAUCCGGAUUCAUCUGUCAUCGCUGCUUUCAAAGUAUUCCAGCAAGAGCUGGACACCAAGCAUGAUAAACACGAGCGUCUGGUGAAGAUCAGUCGAGAUGUCACCAUUGAGAGCAAACGCACCAUAUUCCUCCUGCACAGAGUCACCAGUGUUCCAGAUGUUGAGGAGAUCCUGUCUGAGGCCGAUGUGAAGCUGGAUGGUGUGAGGCAGAAGAUCGGCCAGAUAGCAGAAGAACUGAGAGGAGAAGAUCUACACCAGUUUCACAGAGCAUUUACACCAGGCAUUCAGGAGUAUGUUGAGGCCGUGUCCUUCCAUCACUUCAUCAGACAUCGCACACUGAUCAGCCUGGAGGAAAUCAACGCUCGUCUGGUCUUCAUGAGAGAAAAUAAGAAAGCAGUGGGUGAAGGUGAGGUCGCAUGGACAGGCCCGAGCGUAUUGACCUUCCAGAUAACGCCGAUCGACUACCUGCUGGGUGUCGCGGACCUGACGGGCGAGCUGAUGCGCAUGUGCAUAAGCAGCGUGGGCAACGGCGACAUAGACACGCCCUUCCAGCUCAGCGGCUUCCUGCGGCAAAUCCACGACGGCUUCUCCUACAUCGGCAACACGGGACCCUACGAGGUGUCUAAGAAACUGCACACUCUGCGGCAGAGCCUGGGGAAGGUGGAGGACGCGUGCUACACCCUGCGCGUGCGCGGAUCCGAGAUUCCCAAACACAUGCUGGCCGACGUGUUCUCCAGCAGGGCGGCGACGCAUGUGGACCCGGAUGAGCCGAUGGUGUGAGAUACCGAGAUGCGUCGCGUGUCCUUUCCUGUGCAUGUCGGACUUUGCAAACUAGGCAUAUUAUUGUUAGAGUAUUUUUAGUUUAAGGACUCGUUGUUUAAAUGGUUGCAUGUUGAAAACACGUCUAGUUCUUCAGUUUUGAGCUGUUGUAUUUCAUAUAAAUUGCAAAAUGUUUAACUGAUCUUGUUCCUUCUAAUCUUCCAGAAAGUUAUAAACAUGUUUACCAUUAUUUUGAACUCAGAACUGUCAAUAAAACUUGUUUUUGGUACAAACUUGACCCCCGGCUACAUCUC